AUGAUACAACAUAUCCCUCCCUGCUGCCGCGUGAGGAGGCACAGAGGAAAUGGCACACACUGAGGCGCAGUGGAGGUGCGCGGAACUGCAUAUAACCCGCAGCAGUCAGCUGUCAAGGUGACACACAUCAUUCAUACCUUGGGAAAGUCGGCUAUAGAUAGAGCAUAAGCCAACAUUUGAGUGUUUGAAUACAUUUGUAUGUAGAAUCACUGUUUUCAGCUCUUUCCUGUUAUAACAUUUAACAUAAUCCAUUACGCAAUACACGCAAGUAUGUAAUACGGAAGCAGCUAUGCACCCACACAUUUUAUUGACUCCGUACUGGAAGCACAAAGCAAACACGCAUAGACUCAGCUUACCUCAUUAGUGUGGCCAAUGGCAGCAUGGCAUGUCGUGGUCUGGCACAUCACAGUGACCAGUCGAUGCUGUGGUUUUCUGGAUUACCCAAAAACUACCCCGUUAUCUGGAGAACACAAGCUUUGUUUUCUCCACAUAAUGAGAUAAAAGUGGAUUCAUCUCAGUUUUGUUUUUUUCUAGAUGCCAAGAUAACUAAGUGGAGAGAUCUCAAGAUAACUAGAGUGAAGUUCUUUUUACCUUAAUGGACAAAAAUAUCAAGAUCUCAAGUCAAGAUUUCAAGAAAUAGAAGGAAAUUGAAUGAACAUAAUGUAGCUCUGAGUGCAUUUCUGCUUUGGUCAUUAAAAAGAAAUAAUUGUAAGUAUAGACUUUGUUAAUGGGAAAUACAGGUAUGUGCUUUAGGGAAAGCUGUGGAAGCCUGAGGUAGACGUUCAUCCAUGUAUCCUAUGUUAAAUAACUGGACAUUUCUAGGAUUUUAUUUGCAUUAUCAUGUGACUGCCAGAGGAGACAGUCGCUUCUUUCAAGUCAAAUUUAAAAUCUCACUUUUACAGACUUGCUUUUAUAUGAUGCCGUCUUUUAUCUUUUUAUCUGUCAUCUCUUAUCUCUGGGAAUCAUCUCUUAUCUUAUUUUGGUGUUACUGUCUUUUUAGCUUUUGUUUUACUUGAACUCUUUUCUUAAUUAACCUUUUAGGCCUUUUAUUAAUCUCUUGCUCAUUCUUGUUGCUCUAUUUUAUCAUUACUAUUAUUAUCAGUAUUAGCCUACCUGUUAUUAUUUUAUUAUCAUUGUUGAUAUUGUCUUUUAUAUUUACUACCCUGUUUCCACUUUUGACCCCCUGUUUUAAUUCCAUUUUCUUUUUUCUUAACUAUUUUAUGAUUUUAUUUUGGUCCUCAUGGUCUCAUUUUAUGUUACAUGGUUCUUGUAUUGUCUGAGUUCCUUAUGAGAUGAAAAUGGCCUUCAGUUCUGUUUUAACUGAGCUUUUUGUCUUUGUCUGUCUUUUUCCAUGUGCUUUAUAAUUAUAUUUUAAAGCACUUUGUGAACUUCUGUUUUUGAAAGUGCUAUACAAAUAAAGUUAUUAUUAUUAUUAUUAUUUAUACAGCAAGCUUCAUUUCCCAUAAUAACCGAUAACGCAUAAAUGUAAUGUAUGUACAUCAACUGUUGCCUCAUAUAUGAAAUAUCUGUAUGUAUGAGGACAUGUAUGGACAACCUUUAUAUGAAACUUUUACAAACUGGAACAGUUUUAUGGACACAUAUACAUGUGGUACAUAUGAGUAUAUAGGUUUUAUAUUAACAUGCAUGAUAAAAACAUAUAAAAACAUGUUAAGAUAAAUCAAAUUGAUUAGUUCUGAAGAUGUAUGUAUGUGAUAGCAAUGCAUUUGCCAUUAUGUAACAUAUACCUAUAUCUGUAUUUAUUUUGUGCUGUUGCAACCCUGCAGAUUACUUUUGAUUAUCUCAGUGGAGAAAAUGUAAGGAUGCAUGUGUAAUUUUAUCCCUGUGCACAGUGUUUUUUCUCUAAGUGGCCAUCAAACAGCAUGUGUGCAGCAUGUACAGCACGUCUAUUUUUAAUUUCUAUCACACGUAUGUUAACAUACAUGUCUGUAUCACCCUGUGUGUCAUAUAUCUGGUGCUUCACAUUCAAAGCAUAGGAGUGAUCCAAACUCAGCUGGAUUUUAUUGUGAAGGAAGCAGUAAAAGCAAUGAAUAAUUAAUGUAGUUAUCUGAGAAACACUCUCUUUUCCUGAGAACAGCCAGCUGUUAUUCAAGCAAUUAACUGAGACUUUGUAAAUGUUUGACAAAUUUAACAAAAGGGCUGCUUUGAACAACAGGGACUUGUGCACAAGGAAAAAAAAAAGAAAAAUCCAGGUUGUAUGAGACAAAACAAAGAAAAAAAAAAACAGCUUUACAUAAUAAUCAUGCCUGCUGUUUAACAACUUAAAGUGACAUGACAUCAGAAUUUCAAAAACUCUGGCCAUGACCCGGGUAAUAAGUCAAACAUGCCACCAUAUCCUGGGAUGAGCUUUUUUAUCUGUUGAUCUAUUUCUCUUACCUGUCACCUAACCCUCUCAUAUGACUGGAUUGAAAAACAAUGCUGUUGUUCUUCAUCCUCUGCACACAGAUUUCUGUGUUGACUUGUGUUACAAAGUACAAGAGCUUUUUAUUUUUAUCUCAGUGUGGAGGAACUGAUGUGGUCUCUUACACGCUGAGCUGGGGGAGGAUAUGUGAGAGGGUGCCCCUUCAACGGCAGAUAAAUACACUAUUUUGAUACUGCUGCACACUAGAAUCACAAGACUACACAAUAUCUUUAGUAAUGAUUGAGUCAUAAGUGUUUAAUAAUUAAAUAAAAAAUGGUUUAUACAAAUAGAGACAUUUUCUGACAUUACAAAAUGUUACCAAGUAUAACAGAUGUUGCAGGACACAGAAACUAAAGGUUCCAUGUUGUGAGCAGAUCAUUCAAACCCAAGCACCAACAAUAUCAUGCUGUUUUUCCCAUGAUGCAAAGCAUUGUGUUUGGGCCCCUUUACAGACAAUAAGUAUCUCUAAGCAUCCCGCUGGUCCCAGGUCAACUGUAGUGUGACCUGUAUAGAUUUUCUUUUAAGGAGGGUAUGAAAAGAGCCAAGGGGGGCUCAACGUACUUUAUUAAGUUCCCCUCAAAGCUCCUUAAGCGAACAAUGAAGGAAAAGGGCAAAACUCAGAUAUUUCUUUUUACGUGACCUGAAAUAGCAGCAGCACUGAUAACAGCUGAGUUUAUGUACCCCUAAAGCCCUGUCAGAACUAAUGAACUGUUUUAGUUUAUUGACAGAUACUGUGUGUUUAAAAAGCCAUUACACCAGGAUCAUUCUUGUACUUAUUAGACUUGUGGUGAACUUUGAUUAAAGCUCCUGUGAGGAUUUUGCUAUGUUUAUGAAAUGGACAAAAACUCUUAUUAAAGGCUUUGCACGAUGUAAGAAAGCAAACAAAGCUAUCAGAUAAAAGGCUGACGAUUUUUAUGUCGUCAUUUUUAAUGCCAGAAAUGGGUGUAAGGGGAUAGGUGUCAACAGUGCAGCUAAAGAAACAGUCUUUAUAAUUUCCACAUGAAAUAUUCAAAACCAAGUAUAUUUUCACUGUCCAAAGUAAGCAGGAGGUGACCUUUCAUCCGAUCACAGUGCUCAACAUGUAAAGGACAAGAUAAGCAGCAGAGACCGCUCUGUCUACAGGGGGCGCCAAAAUGGACACAUUGUACGUUCCUAACAAGAGUUUAAAGUAUCAAAAAGUGUAGUCAUCCCCUUGCCAUAUCAUUACUGAUCAUAGGUGGAGAUAAAGCAGUCAGAAAGUGACUUAAUUCAUUGAAACAUUUCUAUUUAUAUUUCAGGGCACUGACUGUUAAAACUGUCAAAAGUUGGGUUUUUAAUGAACAUCCCAGAUACUCAAAUAUGACUGGAAAGCCACUAGAAACUGGUUCCAAUGCCCUUUUCAGAAUGUCAAUUAAAUCUUAAUGUAUUGGCUAGAUUUCAGUGCUUGUGACACAAGAUUCAUCACAUAUUCACUCAUAUAUCAAUUAUGGUUUUUAAGUCACCCGUCAAACACUUCCCAGUGAGACUGAGUGUAUUAGUGCGUCACAGUCACCAUCCAACAAAAUGAUUGAACGAGUGGAUCUUGGCUCUUUAUCACAAACUGCCUCGCACAAGCUUGGCUCUCCUCACUGUUGGCCAUUGACUUCUUGUCAAUCACAUCUGUGUCUCUAAGGUUUCAGUCAACUAAGCCUGUGUCAGCAUCCAAAGCUCUUCAAUCCUCAUAUUCCUGUUUUUCCCUACUUUGCAAGUGUGAAACGUUCAAAAAUACAUCCUUUAAGAUGACUCAGAACUCACUAGUAAAUACCAAAUAGUCCAUAAAUUGCUGCAUUUUGAUUUUAUUUAUAAUAGCAUAAAUAUUUUGAAUGCUUGUGAAAAUGCAACUACUGCCAUUACUUUCAUCACCAUUUCAACUCUCUGAUGAACAAGUGUAAUUUGUGUGGAUCUCCUUUAAACAAUGCGAGAUUAAAUACACAACAUUAAUGAAAACUUAACAAACUGUAUGUUAAUUAUGUUAUUGACAGCUAAUUAAAACAGCAAAUAAUUUUUCUGUUCACUAUAUUAAUUACAUUAACUUUGGCCUGUGUUGGGUUGAUCACUUCACUGUAUUAUUUUGGUACUUACGACAAAGGUACUGCAUAAAACAUGAUGAAAUGAAAAAAAGACUGAGUUAUAUGAUCUAUAAUGUCUUCAUGUGGUCCCAUGUGUCAUCCAUGAUGAUCAGUUGUUGUGUAUUUAUUUACUGCUAUAUGUGGUUUGCUAUGUACUGUAUGUUUUCCUUUCACAAUGCUGUACAUCAGUACUCUCAACGGCCAUGAAAUGCUUGUUGGUCUGCGCUGCUCUGCCAGCAACACAAACAGCUGUUUAUUGAUUGCCCUUGUUUUGUAAAUUUCAGCCCAUGGGGCCAGUGUCAUGUGCAUUAUUCAGUAACUGUCCUACCGCAGGAAACGGUUUGCAGUGGUUCAGUUGUCAGACACAGUAGCUGACACUUUGACGACUUGACCAGGGGGUCACCACACUGUGCUAAGUGUCACAUUCUUCUGAUUGCAGAGUACUUCAGAUUACAAACCGGCACUCCAGCAGCACGGAGGGUAGGAAACAUCUACUGAAGUCGUCUUCUGUGGUAUUUAGAGUGUAAUAUUACUGAAGUGUGUUUACAUCUGUCGGUGUCUGUUUGACAUGGUGCUGCAUUCUUGCUAUUCUGGGUCUGGUUUAAAGGAGACCUAUGACCGCUGUGUGUUUUCUUGUAAACAAAUCUGUUUACAUUUAGAGUCUCUCUUCAAAAUACCUGGAAGUAUUCGCAAGAGCUUAAACAGGAAGGUAAAUGCAGCUUAUAACACACAUUUUACAUUAAGAAUUGUUUAACUCAGUCCUCAACAGCUACCAUGACUGUAGAUCACCAAGACAGCAUUACAUUUUUAACAGGAAUGUGUUUUUUGUGCAUAUAUUAAUAAAACAGAGCUCGAUAGCAUAAAACAAUUAGGGUCAAAUAUUUCAAAAGUUUUACACAACUUGACCAUACAACAAUCUAAUAUGUAAUUAAUUUCAAGUAAACUGUCAACAUCUUUUGUCAUAUUUUGUUGUUGUUUGAUUCAUAAUAAAAAAAGACGAAAAGUUAUAUGCUUUUGCUUUUUAAAUUCAGUACAUUUGAGCUACAUUUGGUUGAAUGACACUUUUUGUACAGCCUUACUGGAAUAAAAAAAAGAUAACUGUUGCAAUGUAUUGAUAUCAGUUUUUUCAUGCAAAUACAACCACUUUGACCUAACAUGAGCGCACAGAAUGAUCCAUGCAAACAAAUAUUGAGCUCAACCAGGUUCCAUUCAAAGCAGCCUACAUGUAGAGAUAAGGAUGGUGUGCAUUGUGGCAAUAAACGGUUUCACUCCCUGCAGUCGGCGCUACUAAGUCCUUAUUUUUUUAAGUGUACAAGAGGAUACACAGACAGUAUUUUAGGCUGAUCUCCAUUUUAACGUGACAAAAUGAAGAGACAAGAGUGGGUGUUUCAGCAUUGACUGCAGGUAAGAUUCAAAUCAAAAAGCUAAUUGUGUUUGUGAAAGAAGACAAGAGAUAAAGGGUAAUUGGGUCUUUGGAUAAAGACCACAAAACCUCAACUAACUCUGUUUUUGAUCAGUGUCUUAUUUUACUUUUAGAGAUGUAGGUUUUUCUUUCUUUCAUAACUGAUUAUUUUGGACUUGUCUCCGUUUAAAAAUUGGUCUUCACACCUUUUUUUAGCCUUAUCUUUGCACCAAGUGUUGCUAUCGCAGCAUUUUCACUGCUUAGCAUUUGACAAACUGGCACAGAAAGUGGGAGGUCUGGCAGUCUGAGCAACAGUUACUCUUUUGAGCUGUUAGAAACUAAACCAGAGACCAUCAGAUGGGAAAAAACCAGCUAAAGGGACUUUCGGGUGAUACAUAACUGGAGAUAGUGUGCUGGGCUUAUUUUAACGUUUCACUUGUGGGUUGACUGCAGCUUGUGCUUCAAGUAGGAAAAAAAAUCCUGGUGUGACCAUGUGGCUGGUCUCAGUAAAUUAUUAGUAUUAUAUCUAGGAUUUCUACAUUUAAUAAUAAAUAUACAAAAAUAACACUUAUUUUUUUCUAUAAACAUUAUUAAAAAAAAAAAACACUUAAGUGCAUUACACAAACAAUCCACCUCUGCACCACAAUGCUCCUGUCCAAUUUCCCAUAAGGCUUUACAAAAGUAUGUACAGUAAAUUCACAGGUUCCGACACUGUAGUGACUGCAGGAUCAUGUUAAUUCAACAUUGUUCUCCUGUGAAAACAACUGGAUGUCAUAUAAGAACUGUUAAAAGCCACCAGUAACACAUAAGGCACAGUGGGAAAGAAAUUCUAGAUGCUACUAUGAAUCCCCAAGAGGCACUGUAACACGGGGAGGACAGGAGAGGGUACUGGCAGCUAGAAAGAAAAAAAGUCCCAGUAAGCCAAGAGGUUAAAUUUAGGACUGGUGUUACUGUACAUUGAAACACCCUCUGUGGCUUUAACAAUCACAGGGACUUUAAAGACAAUCUAGAGGUGUAAUAUUAAAAGUCUGAGGUUUUAUGCCUAUUUCAUGGCACAUUUACUCAUUAACAUCUUUACAUUUAAGGGAGGGAUAACUGUGUAGUGUAUUCAGUUUGACCUAUCUCCCACAAAGCAAAAACACAAAAUUUAAAAGGUUUGCAUUUCAGACGUCUUUUGCUUGUUUUGUUCCCGAACAGGACUGAUUUCAGUCUUUCUCUUGGCUAACAUAAGUCAGAGGAUGUCUUCAGUACUACCUACCAUAUACCUAACAUCAGCUGAGAGGCACUCUCUGAGGAUGUCAACACUAAACUGAACAGCUGAAUACAUAAAUAGCCUCUGUGUGGCUGCUUAUGGCUGACAACAGCCCGGUGACAGCAACAACUGUCCCUGUCCUCAUCUCCACCCACAAUCAGACUGGAAACAGCACCACGCCCCCUGCUGUCCAGGUAGCCCAACUCAUCAGCUGGUUGACGUUUGCCAUUGGGCUGCCCGCCAUCGGAUUGGCUAUUUACACCCUCAAGAAUUUAUCUGAAGGUUUGUACUCACUCUGCUUGCAUGACAAUUGUAAUUCAACAGCCUACACACUAAACUCUGCCCAUGACUACAUCUAAAACAAGGAAACACUGCAGGUCAGUUUUGACUUGAUGUUAUGAACUGUAGAUAAGAACUCAACAUUGCUGGUGUGACAUCCAUUAGUCUUUGGACUGCUGGAGCCAAUAGUCCAGAAGUGUCUGGACCCCAAGAUCAGAUUUUAAGUGUUUUCUUUUCUUGUUGUCUUUAGGCUGUUUUUUUUUUCACCAGUCACAAAUGAGUAAAUCAAAUAUUCAUCAUCUUUGAUUGAAAACCAAAAUCACAAAAUUAAAAUUCUGUUUGGAAUUUCUACAGCUAAAAACUUUGACAAGUAUUUUCACACAGACGUUAUGUAAUCAGAUUUCUUUCGAGUGAUAGCAAGAUCAUGAAUAGUCCUGUGACUAAAGCACGUGCUUCUGCAAGUUGCAAGAAGUGAAACCGGAGGUAUGGUGUUCUGAUGCUUUGUGGGAUGGGACUUGAAAAGUGCUGCUGUGACAGUUUAAAUGUAGCCUGCGACACAAAAGUGACACUAAAAUGAGUGGCCUAUCUGAUGAAAUCAACGGUUCAGUCAGUGACUGAAAUCGCAGAAAAUCGAACUUCUCAUAGUCGCACAAACCUGGAUAAAAGGGUUGGGAUCUAUUUUCAGCUUGAGACAGCUUUAGAAAUACAGCUGCAACAAGGACUUUCAGAAGCAGUGCAUGAGGCGCCUUAACAGCUAGGUUUUCAGCACCCACCCAUCAAUUUUUGACCUAGACACUUUCGUUUUCCUUUUUGCAACCAGUAAUCUUGCCGUCUGCUGAAUAUAAGAGAAAAUUGAGGUUCAAGGUACUCCUGCAUUUGCUUCACUUUCGAAACUAAGAAAGAAUUCAUAGCUUUUGUUGGUGUCAUUUUACUUCCUCUUAUUUUCCCUGAUAAUAACAGCUGCAAUACUGUUGCAAUAUCAGAGGAAGAACUAAAAUUCUUGUGUAGAAAAGUUUUCACAGUUUCAGACUGUUUACAAAAUAUCAUAUUAUUGGUAUCAGUGGUGAUGCGUACUAUUCUUCUGGCUGUAAAAGUAGUAGUAGUGAUCAGCACAGUAUUAGCAUCAUACAUAAUUUUUUUAUGUCUUGUCUUUGUCCAGGUGAAAACAAACUUCCCCUACAUGUCAUGUUCCUCCUAGUCUCUGAUAUAAUCAGUUUCUUUGGUCGUCCUCGUGUGGAGCCAGACAUGGAGAGUGGGACGGUCUUCUCCUCAAACCCCACAGACUUCAUUUUCUAUUUCGGUGUUGUCACAAACAUCACGCUCAUGCUGUUCAUAGCUCAGGAGCGCCAUCUACUGGUGGUCUACCCGCAGUGUCUGGGCUGCUGCAGCAGGUUCAGGCGGUCCCCUGCUGUCUCCCUGCUGUCGUGGGCUGCUCCGUUUGGCAUCCUUGCCCUUGCUGUGCUACAGUAUAAGCUUUGGUUUGCUGUUUCUCUGCUUGCUCCUUUCCCCUUUCUCCUUUUCUUUACUGUGGACUCCUGGAGAGCCCUGAUCUGCUCCCGAUCGAACCCCCCUACCCUUGAUAGGAGGAGGGCUGUGUUUGGGAUUGGUGCAAUCUGGGCCAACUACACCAUCCUCUACGUCCCCUUUAUCCUCAGCAUUCUCCUGGACGCUCUGUCCUUUGUGGAGACUGUUACCUACCUGGGGCUUGUGUCUCACCUGCUGCUUUACCUCAGCCCUUUAGUGGAUCCUUUUCUUUACAUUUUCAUGACCAGAGGACUCAAAGAAGUGUUGCGGGCACUUCCCUGCUGUCAAAAGCCAACAGUACAUAGGAGGCCCACAGUAAAUACUGUGUCUGAACAUGUGGAGACGAGGCUUUGAGGAGGACAUACAGAGGAUUUUCCAAACCAUGAAGGCCAGAGGUUGAGUUUGGGACAGAUGCUCCUGACACUGGAGCAGAAAGCAAAGCCAAUUCUCAGUCAAGGCUCUGUGCCUUUUAGUGGCAACUUCCAAUAAUCCUCAUAAAAGAAAGUUUCUGUCGGAAAACCUAUAUCUGAGCUGAUAAUCAAUCAAUAAUAAAUUCUUACCUCAUUGCAAAUAAAUAUUAAGCUGUUUGGUUGGAGUAGGGAGGAGCUUUGACAGCAAACAGCUUUGACAUAAACGCAUCAGUCUUAUGUUAUAACUGGGUGUUACAAGUUGGUUGCUAUGGUUACAUCACCUUUGACCCCUCAAGAUUCUCACAAAAUUGCAAAGUGAAUUAUGUGGAUAUGUUAAUAAUUUUGUUCUCACUUUUGUAAGGUGGUAUUAGUAAAAAAAAAAGGCCUAUUUUAACAAGGUGUCUUCUAGUUUCUUGUCAGAUACACCUUAAAAGGUUUGUAACAGGUCUUUCUCCAACCAGAAACAUACCAGCAAAAAACAAACAAACCUUCAAUACUACACAUACACAAUCAGAAAUCAGAGAACAUAAUAAAGCUCUGUGGUUGUGUUGUUUAUAUUUAGAAGGUUCAAGAUGAUUUUCUUGAUGAACUGUUUUGUUUAAAACCACCUUAAACUGUUUCUAUGAAUCAACAUUAUCAUUAUUUUGUUUGCUUUUCAGCUUCAUGCUAAGCAUUGAGUUAGUGUGCCUUAAUCUUAUAAGGCAGUCUGUCAGAGCAAAAGUGUAUUUAUUUUACAGUUAAAAUGUUUAAUAUCACUUUUUUUUGUCAAACAAAAUGUUCUAUUUUUAUUGUCAUGCAUAAGAUUUAGUUGAAGUGAACCUAAAGAUACACACACAUUUAACUGCACUUGGACUGUAUGCACUUUUACUCUUGAAAAUAUGAUGAAGGUCAGAGCAGUUGUAUUGUUGAACAGCUCAAUGAUGGAAGAACCAAUUGGCAGAUGCUUUCCAGACUUAUCCCUGUUUUAAUUUGACUCAGUGAAGUACUUCUGUCACAUUUCUUCAGCAUCAAUUUGCAACAGUUUACAGCCGAACAUGCACAUUGCUUUAUAAAAGUACAGUUAAAAUAAUUGUAAAAAUAGUAGUUAUAUAAACAACUUGAUAUCCCAGCAGUUUAAGUUUUCCCAUCUUACUAUAGUCAGUAGUUUAUGAUUCAUUUUAAAAUAGGAACGAGUAUUACAUGCAA